AUGUCCCGCCUCGCCCCGCGCGUCCGCGUCGCGCGCGUCGUCUCCGUUCGCGCGCGACGCGCGAGCGCUCGCGUCCGCGCGUCCUCCGCCGACGCGCCGUCCUCCGCCGCGCGCGUCGCGUCGCUUCGAGCGAUUUUAGGCCUCGACGACCGCGCGCUUCAGCAGCUCGAUCACACGGUGGAAGGGCGCGCCGUGCGCGACGACGUUCCGCUCAGCGUGCUCACCGAGCGCGUGUACGCCCUGAGCUCGGCGCUGCCGCGCGCGUGCGCGCGCCACGCGUUCGAGCUCGCCGUCGAGCGCCCGGGGCUGCUGACGCUGGACACGUCGGCGACGCGCGCGGCGAUCGAACGCGCGGCGAACGCCCUGGGCGGCGCCGAACAGCUCGAACGGCUGUGCGCGGAGUGCGCGCCGGCGUUCGCGCACUUGCUCUGGCGCGUGGGCGCGCGCGAAGGGACGCUGGCGGAUUGCGAGCGACCGCUGCGAGACUGGGCGGCGGGCGAGGUGGGCUGGCAUCGCGUCUUCACGCAGAGAAUCGCGAGCGAGUGGGGGUACUUGUUGAUGCUCGGUCGAAUGGAGACGAGCGUGAUGGCGGGGAAAGGCGUCGUGUAUCGGAACGUGAAGACUGGGGAGAGCGUCGCGUUUCGGAAGAGCGCCGAUUUCGGCGCGCGCGCGGCGGCGGCGGCGGCGGCGACGGAUGUGCGACGGUGA